UGUCUGAAAAAUAUCUGGAUGUGAUCGAAGCGGAAGAUGAGUAUCGACAUUAGGAGGCACUCGGCUCCUACAUGGGAGUUGGAAGCAGUGUCAAAUGCAGUGCAUACAUCUCCGAAGUUUUGGAUGGCAUGCACGAAUGGGAGAAGGCUGGGGCCAACGCGGCCACCACUUUGAUGGCACUCGUUCCGACAUUCCUUGCGUUUGGCAACUUGUAUGUCUAUACCAUAUGGACUCGGAUCGUUACCUACUUGCACCCCUAGCCUGCUUUAGGUAUGUCCCACGGAGCUCAGAAGCAUUCGCAACAAGUUGGAUUAUCGGAGUUGGUGCUGCCAUGUAUAGCCUGGGUUUGCCUGUCAGAAGCAAAAACGCCGUUCCACGAGGGUCGAGUGAUGGAGAUUGGUGCAUUUGGGAUCGCACCGAUUAGUAUGAUAGCAGAUCUCGCCGAUCUGAGCAUCCUGGCAACACUAGAAUCUCUCCGGAGCUGGACGAGGCCAGGAAACAAGACGGCGCAUAUGAGGGACUUUGUCAAGAUUCGAGAAAGAGCAAUGAACGAUUGGCUAAAACGGUACCACUGGUGGCAUAUACCGGCUAUUAUCGUUGCCGUUAUCCAAGGCGUGAUCUUUGGGAUUGCGAUCGAGCCACUCUUUAAAGCCGGAGGCGUGCCUCGAUUCCUUUUCCAUUGCGCGGAACAGAACUGGACUGGUCUUUACCUCCUUGUUAGCGCGGCUGCAAAUGCAGUUUUCCGACUUCUAAUGUGGCACGCUUCUGACCAUGAAGUCGUCAGCGUUUACGCGCUCUCUGAUAGUGCCAAACUAACUCUUCAGGACAUAGUUGACUCUGAUCCCACAGCAUCGACAAACACCACUGCGACCACAUUACCACCGCUCUAUUACCCCCUCAUGUCCAAGAUCGUCUGGACCUUGAGCAACUUCUGGGCGAAAUUGCGAAAGCGGCAGCCUUCCCCCCCUAAGCACCCUCAAGGCGCAGUUGUAACGCCCCUGAAAGACCAAAUCGAAUACGCCAAAGCCAUCUUCCGAAGGCCCAGCGAAAUCCUCCAUAGCGGCUUCAAAACCACCGACGCUGCGCCCCGCUGGCACCCUCUCAUUAUCUUGGUGCAUCUCUCAACGAUGGGCCGACCCCAGCUGAAGAUGCUGUUCACCGGGUUCGUGGAAGCCGCCCUCCUUCUCAUCCUCACCUUCUUCUUCGCCGCGCAGUGGGGCGGGAACCUGUUCAUCACUGCGUGGGCGCUCGGCCUCCUAUUUAUUUUCAUCACCGUCGGCUGCGCGCUGGCGCUAGUCUACGUCUGGCUCAGCGCGCAGGUGUGGGGCCUCCAUGUCAUCAAUUGCGAUGAGCGGACCAAAAUCGUGGGCUGCUUGAGGAUCCUGUGCAGCAUGGAAGAAGAGCUAGUGGAGGCCAAUGGCGCUCAUUCCUUCAACGGGCAUCGACUGGAUUACUUGCAGUCGUUCAAAAGGUGGAGGCUGGAUUAUGUGAGCGGGAGACAUGAUCAAAAUCAUGCACCAUCAAGCGCGAGCGCGCCGAAAGAAAGUCAGGAGAAAGAUAACGUGGCGAUAGAGGUAGAUGUCACGCCAGUGGAUAAUAGUGCGGAUGCUCCAGUGGCACAGCCAGAAGUGGCGACAGUUGACCGGAUUGUAUAGCGUGCGGUCAUCUGGCAUCUCUAGAAUUGAUAACAAGAUUUGAGUCUGCCUCGUAUCCG